AUGGCACGAAGCAGCAGUCGGGCACAGAGCAGCAGUACCGCACGAAGCAGCAGUCAGGCACGGAGCAGCAGUCACCACCAGUCGGGCACGGAGCAAAGGUCACGCAUGAAGCAGCAGUCGGGCACGGAGCAGCAGUCCCGCAUGAAGCAGCAGUCGGGCACGAAGCAGCAGUCGGGCAGGGAGCAGCAGUCCCGCAGGAAGCAGCAGUCGGGCACGGAGCAGCAGUCCCGCACCAGUCCCGCACGAAGCAGCAGUAUGGCACGAAGCAGCAGUCGGGCACGGAGCAGCAGUCCCGCACAAAGCAGCAGUCAGCAGUCGGGAACGAAGCAGCAGUUGGGCAUGGAGCAGCAGUCCCGCACGAAGCAGCAGUCGGGCACGAAGCAGAAGCCCCGCACAAAGCAGCAAACUGCCACGGAGCAGCAGUCCCACACGAAGCAGCAGUCAGACACGGAGCAGCAGUCCCGCACGAAGCAACAGUCGGGCACGAAGCAGCAGUCCCGCACGAAGCAGCAGUCGGCACGGAGCAGCAGUCUUGCACACAGCAGCAGUCGGCAGCAGUCGGGCACGGAGCAGCAGUCCCGCACGAAGCAGCAGUAUGGCACGAAGCAGCAGUCGGGCACAGAGCAGCAGUACCGCACGAAGCAGCAGUCAGGCACGGAGCAGCAGUCACGCAUGAAGCAGCAGUCCCGAAUGAAGCAGCAGUCAGGCACAAAGCAGCAGUCGGGCAUGGAGCAGCAGUCCCGCACAAAGCAGCACUCUCGCACGAAGCAGCAGUCUGCAAUGGAGCAGCAGAUAUGCACGAAGCAGCAAUCAGGCACGGAGCAGCAGUCCCGCACCAAGCAGCAGUCGGGUUCGAAGCAGCAGUCAGGCACAGAGCAGCAGUCGGGAACGGAGCAACAGUCACGCAUGAAGCAGCAGUCGGGCACGGAGCAGCAGUCCCGCAUGAAGCAGCAGUCGGGCACGAAGCAGCAGUCGGGUACGGAGCAGCAGUCCCGCACGAAGCAGCAGUCGGGCAGGGAGCAGCAGUCCCGCAUGAAGAAGCAGUCGGGCACGGAGCAGCAGUCCCUCAUGAAGCAGCAGUAUGGCACGAAGCAGCAGUCGGGCACGGAGCAGCAGUCCCGCACGAAGCAGCAGUCAGGCACGGAGCAGCAGUCAUGCACGAAGCAGCAGUCGGGCACGAAGCAGCACAGUCCCACACGAAGCAGCAGUCGGACACGGAGCAGCAGUCCCGCACGAAGCAACAGUCGGGCACGAAGCAGCAGUCCCGCACGAAGCAGCAGUCGGCACGGAGCAGCAGUCCUGCGCGAAGCAGCAUCAGGCACGGAGGAGCAGUCCCUCACGAAGCAGCAGUCGGGCACGGAGCAGCAGUCCCGCACGAAGCAGCAGUAUGGCACGAAGCAGCAGUCGGGCACAGAGCAGCAGUACCGCACGAAGCAGCAGUCAGGCACGGAGCAGCAGUCACGCACGAAGCAGCAGUCGGGCACGAAGCAGCAGUCGGGCACGGAGCAGCAGUCCCAUACGAAGCAGCAGUCCCGCACAUAG